UUAAAUAGGUUGCCGACUGGAAAUCCCCCACUGCGAGAGGUUGUUCAUUCGUCAAGUGGAGCAUGAUGCAUUUGACUGAUAAUUGCAGCUCAAACCGUUUCCUUUUCAUCAUUCAACCCACAGCCCCUCACUCUGUGCUCUCUCUCUCUCUCUCUCUCUCUCUCUGCGCAAUCGAGUGUUGAAGUUUCUCCUCUCUGACAGCAGCCAGAACUUUGACUCGUCUUUCCUUUCGAAGAAAUGGAACUCUGGAUCCCACUCCUUCUCCUCUCAUCCACCGCCUCCCUCCCAGCGCUCAGUCACAGAUAUGGGGGAGAAUUUGGAGUAAAUUGCUGCAAAACAAUUCUACAGGAACCAUUGCCACAAAGAUACUACCGGCAUCUGAAGAGUUAUAGGAACCAUGCAGUGUGCACCCAGUACCUCCAGUUUGCCACUAACCAGAAUGAAACCUUCUGCAUCUUAUUCAGAAAAGCCCAGGCGAUGAAAGAGUUUGUUGAUUCCCGAUCUGAAGGUCCUUCCAAGGAUGUGCUCUCCAUGGGGUUCCGAAGUGGGCCAAAGGAGAAAGUAGAAACCAAGGAUACUAUGCCCCACCCAACACCUUCACCCGGAGAUUCAACUCGUUCACAAUGGGCUGCAACCUCCAGUAUCCCCAUCACAGCUCUCCAAGGGCAAGACAGAGGCUCAACGCCUCCCUCAACCCAAUCUUCUCCUCCAUCAACCAAUGCCCAAGAGCAUGAAAGAGUCCAGACGUCCAGUCCCUCUGCCACAGCUCUACCAGGGCUCGAGAGGCAGGGCAGAAGUACAACGCUUCCCUCAAUGCCACCAUCUUCUGCACCAACUCAAUCCCAAGGGCAUGAAGGGCCCCAGACAUCCAGUCCUUCUGCCACAACCCCACCAGGGCUCGAGAGGCAGGGCAGAAGUACAACGCUUCCCUCAAUGCCACCAUCUUCUGCACCAACUCAAUCCCAAGGGCAUGAAGGGCCCCAGACGUCCAGUCCUUCUGCCACAACCCCACCAGGGCUCGAGAGGCAGGGCAGAAGUACAACGCUUCCCUCAAUGCCACCAUCUUCUGCACCAACUCAAUCCCAAGGGCAUGAAGGGCCCCAGACGUCCAGUCCUUCUGCCACAACCCCACCAGGGCUCGAGAGGCAGGGCAGAAGUACAACGCUUCCCUCAAUACCGCCGUCUCCAGUAGCCACGAGUUUCCAAGGACAUGCAAGUUCCCAGAUGCUCAGCUCCUCCGUCACAUCUCUACCAGGGCCACAUGGCCAAGAAAGAAUCUCAACCCUUCAGUCAACAUCUCGCCCUUACAGCUCAGCCCAGCUCCCACGUUCGACUAAAUCCACGGACAGGACAAGCCUUCGUCCCAGGAACAUUGUAACUGCAAGGCCAACACCCCCUCCAAAUGAACUGGUGACAGAGGAAACCAGGACUGUAGGAGCCAUUGACAGCCCCAGCGUUUGUACAGGCUCCACAACGAGGAGAAGCCGAGGCCCGCGUGUGAGCGGCAGGGACAAGCUGCCCGGUGCGUCCAAGCACCGCGGAGGCUCAGGAGAGGCCUCGCGAGGUCCAGGUUGGCGGGUGGGUCUGCUGAUGACCGUCCUGCUCUUCGCCGCUGCCACCCUCGUCGUGUGCGUCGCGUCAAAGUGGAGCGUGAGAGGCCUCGUGUCCCGAGAGGCUGGGGGCUCCGCGCACCAUUGCAGCCCAGGUGUUGUGACCCUUGUCCACUACUGCAGGCUCUCUGAGACUUCCAGGGAAGGUGUUUGAGGAGCAGCAGGCCGGGUCGAUUUAAACGGCGGAGCUCCCUGACAUUGUGGACUCCAGCGUGCGAGCCAACCUUCACUUGCUGGGCAAAGUGAGUGACGGGCGUGGAGAACGCGGAAACCUUUCGAGCGAUUUCGGAAGGCUUUGGAAUAAAGUAAUCCACGAAAGUCCUCCGCAGAAGCGAGAGGUGGUGGGCCGAAAUCGCCAUCACACGCGGGCGAUGUGACGUGUCGCAUCUUGCCCCUUCUCCCUGAACUGUCACUGUGACUGGACAAAUACUGAAAAUGCAAGCUCAUCGCUUUACAUACAGACCUAGAAGGUGGUAGUAUGGCGGAACACAUACCUUUCUCCACCAUGUUUGGGUCUUAAUUUUUGUGCUUCCACCAGAAGGUGCUGGGCAUUUUUUCCAGGGAAGCUUUGUUAAUCUCCCCCUGCACCACCCGUCCCCGGAGACCCCACCCCUCCACGCCGCCCAGUGUUGCUUCCACCACUGUCACGCCCAAAAAGCCACUUUCUGAGGUUGCACAUGGCACAGUGGAGCGGGGUGG